GGAGUGAGACAGUGAGGAACGGUGAUCGAAGCGCUUCCGUACUUCCAGCUGCUGGAAUCUUCAUACAGCACCAAUCCCGAUAUAUCUGUUCGGUUCGUCUGCAUGCGGUCGUAAAAUGGAUUCUCAGCUGGUCUGGGCACGCGAUAUACAAGAUGGUUACGUGCAGGGUCGCAUCACUGAAAUCGGAAGUACCGAAUAUGAGGUUCAACCUCUUAACAGCAAGUUGCCGAAGCGAAGCUGUAUGCCGGAAGACAUAUUUCCUUCUUGUGAGCUUCCCUCCGACCACGACGACAAUUGUGAACUACUUUUUCUCAACGAGGCCACACUGUUGGAUAACAUUCGGAACCGGUACUACAAAGACAAAAUUUAUACAUAUGUGGCGCAUAUUCUGAUUGCAGUCAACCCGUACAAAGAGAUCUCUGGUUUGUACUCUCACGAGACCCUCAAACGUUACAGUGGACGAUCAAUCGGAGAAUUGACACCUCAUGUGUAUGCUAUCGCUGACAAAGCAAUUCGCGACAUGCGCACCCUGAAAAUGUCGCAGUCGAUCAUAGUGUCCGGGGAGUCGGGAGCCGGUAAAACGGAGAGCACCAAGUACCUGCUCAAAUUUCUUUGCGAUUCGGGUAGUGCGGCCGGUCCAAUCGAGCAAAAAAUCCUCGACGCUAACCCGAUCCUCGAGGCUUUCGGUAACGCGAAAACAACGCGCAACAACAACAGCUCUCGCUUCGGAAAAUUUAUCGAGGUUCACUAUGACCGACACUGCCAAGUGGUCGGUGGUCAUAUUUCGCACUAUCUGUUGGAGAAAAGUCGCAUCUGCACGCAGAGUCCGGACGAACGGAACUAUCACGUGUUUUAUUUACUGUGUGCAGGGGCGCCACCCGCCUUGCGUGAGAAGUUAGCCCUAACGCGACCAGACGACUACCGUUACCUGGCAGGCUGUACGCAGUAUUUCACGCGUGCACAAACUGAGGCGGCGGUGUCAGAGUCUUGUAAAUCUCGGAUCCACCUGAAAAAAGGACCACUGCGCGAUCCGGUACUGGACGAUUACGAAGACUUUCGCCAGUUAGAAGAAGCACUUGGGAGACUCGGUCUGAGUGAAGCUGAGCGCAUCCAAAUUUACUCUCUGGUGGCAGCCGUGCUGCACCUCGGAAACAUACGCUUCGAGGAGAACCCGGAGGACAUGAAGGGUGGCUGCCGGAUCAUGCAGGAGUCGGAAGCAUCACUAAAAGUGACGGCUCGGCUGAUCGGAUUAGAUGCGUCAGAGCUACGUCAGGCGCUCAUGUCGCGGGUGAUGACCAGCAAAGGCGGCGGCGUAAAGGGUACCGUUAUCAUGGUGUUACUGAAAGUGCACGAAGCGAACAGUGCACGGGAUGCACUCGCGAAAGCACUGUAUUCCAAGUUGUUUGACCAUAUUGUCACCUUGAUCAACCAGAACAUUCCCUUCCAAGCGUCCAGCUACUACAUCGGUGUUCUCGACAUUGCAGGCUUUGAAUAUUUUACGGUCAACUCGUUCGAGCAGUUCUGCAUCAACUAUUGCAACGAAAAGUUGCAGAAAUUUUUCAACGACAAUAUUCUCGCUGCUGAACAGCUCCUUUAUUCCCGGGAAGGGCUUAAUGUUCGCGAAAUCAAGUACACUGAUAAUCAGGAUAUUAUUGAUUUGAUAGAAUCGAAAUCGAACGGUAUUUUCAACUUGCUCGAUGAGGAGUCGAAGCUACCGCGACCCUCGUUUUCUCAUUUCACUACCGAGGUUCAUGCGGCCUGGAAUGGCCAUUAUCGACUUUCGCUACCGCGUGCCUCUCGCCUAAAAACCCACCGUUCCCUGCGUGAUGACGAAGGAUUUUUGAUCCGUCAUUUUGCAGGCGCCGUCUGCUAUAAUACGAACCAAUUUAUCGAGAAAAACAACGAUGCACUACACGCAUCUCUGGAAAGCCUUGUGCAAGAGUCAGAAAAUGCACUCCUAAACGCGUUGUUUAGCGGAGGGUCGCGGGGCGGCAAACCAACUACGGCAAACGUUGGCAAACUUUCCUUCAUCUCAGUUGGCUCGAAGUUCAAAUCGCAACUGAGCGAACUGCUUGAGAAACUGCGUAGUAACGGAACGAACUUCAUACGAUGCAUCAAGCCGAACAAUCGCAUGACGGAUCAUGCGUUCGAGGGAGGUUUGGCGCUCGCCCAGCUGAAGUAUUCGGGUACAAACUCGGUAUUGGAGUUAAUGGAAUAUGGUUACCCUUCGCGCGUACCUUUCACUGAGUUAUACAACAUGUACAGCAGCUAUCUGCCGGUGGAGCUGGCACGCUUGCAGCCGCGCACUUUCUGCGAGGCGAUGUUGUACUCGUUGCGGCUUAACUCAACGGAUUUUAAAUUUGGCAUCACAAAAGUAUUUUUCCGACCGGGCAAAUUCGUCGAGUUUGAUCGCAUUAUGCGUUCGGAUCCGGAAAAUCUGAAAGCAAUUGUUGCGAAAGUGAAACGCUGGAUGGUGCGGUCGCGCUGGACAAAAAGUAUUCGUGCGACGCUUUGCGCGAUCAAAAUCAAAAACCGAAUGAUCUACCGCGGGAAAUGUAUCGUAUUGCUGCAGAAAACGAUCCGAGGCUACCUGGCACGUAAACAGCACCAAGUAAGGCUUCGGGGCAUUACUAAAGUGAAGGCAAUCAAUGCCAAUCUUGGCAAGAUGCACGCAAUCGCAGGCCAGUUGCGGUCAUCUGAUCGGGAUAGGAUGCAGGAACGUAUUCGAGUCGUUCAAGGUCUGAUUUCUGAAGCCAUAGCACUAAUUAAGGCGAACCCGGUGAUCAGUGCUACCAGCAUCGACCUGCAGUACAGUAACAUUAUGAAACGUUUCGACGAAGACAUGAAGCUUAUCAACGUGAAGCUACAGGAGCAAAGAAACGCCGAAGAGCAAGAACGGCUAAACAAUAUCAAACUAGCCUUGGAAGCUGAACAGCGCAGAAAGGAGGAAGAAGAGAGGCGCCAGCAAGAGGAGGAAGAAACUAGAAAAAGAAAAGCGGAAAUCGAGGCUCGCCGCAAGGAAGAGGAGCUGAGGCGUUUGCGCCAGGAAAAUGAGGAUCGUAAAGCAGCGCUUGCUCUUCAGGACCAACUGGAAAAAGAGGCACAGGAAGAUAUACAUUACAGACAACAGCUGGAGCAGGAACGACGUGAUCAUGAGCUUGCCGUACGUCUGGCGCAGGAAUCAAAUGGACAGGUUGAAGAGAGUCCUCCCGCGCUGCGCAACGGUACUCCAGAAGUCGCGCCCCUGGGCAACGCAAAUCGAUUGAUAAGAUCGGAAGCAAUCCGUGCUCAGCAGCAGCUUGUUGAAAAGCAAAAGCACGAUCUUUCGAAAUGGAAGUAUUCGGAGCUAAGAGAUGCGAUCAACACGAGCUGCGACAUCGAGUUGCUGGAAGCGUGUCGCCAUGAGUUCCAUCGUCGGUUGAAGGUGUAUCAUGCCUGGAAGGCUAAGAACCGUAAACGCACCAUAAUGAACGAAAACGAACGAGCACCACGCAGCAUCAUGGAAGCUGCGACCCGCUCGCCACCGUUGCUGUCGCCACGGCAGGAAGUCGUGCCGACCGGUAGCGUCCAUCGCUACUUCCGCAUUCCGUUUGUACGUCCGUCUACUGGUGGUGGCGGUACCGAGACCUUCGAUAGAGCGGGGGAUGACAACAAGCGUGGUUUGUGGUUCGCCCACUUCGACGGCCAGUACGUCGCACGCCAAAUGGAGCUGCACGCAGACAAACCACCGAUCCUGCUGAUCGCUGGCAAAGACGACAUGCAAAUGUGCGAACUAAGCCUGGAGGAGACUGCCCUUACACGAAAGCGCGGCGCCGAGAUACUCGAACACGAGUUUAACCGCGAAUGGGAGCAGCACGGUGGCAAGCCGUACAGUCGGUUGAAUGUAAAGAAAAUGUAAGAUCCUGCAGUGAUUUAAAAAUAUAUCAAAGGUAGUAUCAUUCGCGGCAACAUUGGCUGCGUACAUUUCGUUAGCCCAGUAUUUACUUCUUGCGUUAACUCGCCGAUUAUUAGGACUAUAUUAUCAUAUUACUGUUUGUAAAAGCGCAAUGCUUGCCAGGAGUGUACUUGUAGCUUUUGUCCAUCGUAUUAAACGUAUUAAAUUGGUGCUACUUUUCGUACGCAUAGCAACAGCAGCGUACAUGAUGGAGCUGCUGCAGAUGGAGUGUAUACCGUGUCUUGGUCAGGUGCCUUUUCUUCCGACAAGUUAAACUAAAAAAAAUACAAAGAAAACUAUAUACUGAGUAGUAUGAAAUGAGAGAAAGAGGCGGGGCGAGUCUAGGAUGCAAAGGAUGGUCGAGUUGCUAAGUUGUUUGCUUUGAUAGUUGACUUCCAUGUAUCUGUAUACCUUCAAGCAUCGACUUAUUUUUGAAAAUAUUUAAAAACCAGAUUUAUGCAAAAUAUAGUAGUAGCGUAUGUACGGGGUACGUUGAAGAAUCGGAAUUCGAUAGAACAAAUUAUUACUAUUAUAACAUUUUAAACUAUAAUCAGUCAAGAGAUCGAAUUUUGCAAUUUAACUGACAAUAUAACAUUAUA